AUGGCACAGUCAGAGAGCGGUAAUCUUCCCGAGGCGACUCCAAUUAUAUCCAGCAGGGCUGUACUGAAAACUGCCAUCAACGACUGGGUGGACAACGGGGAAUCAAUUUUUGGGCCCAUUGGAAGCUGGGAUGUGGCUAGAGUCACGGACUUUAGUGGGCUUUUUCAGAAGAAGAUUGGAUUUGAUGAUGACAUUUCUGCAUGGACCACAAAACAGGUCACAGACAUGGCUUUCAUGUUUGAAGGGGCGUGCCUAUUUAAUCAAGAUCUGAGUUCUUGGGACGUGUCGCGCGUUUCUUCCUUUCUCGGAAUGUUUCAAAAUGCUGGCAGUUUCAAUCAAGACCUUUGUACUGGUUGGAGCACAAAAAUCACUGCCACAAAGCAAGAACUUCAAGACAUGUUUGAUUCCGCCAAGAGUUGCCCCACACAAGCGGACCCCACGCGGCAACGUGGCUAUGUGUCUCCUUUGUGCUAUGUCUGCCAAUCUCCGUUCUUACCUAAGACGCCAGGAAUCACCUAA